AUGCCCCUUUUCAAAAUAAACGAUCACAAAAAACUAAAACCAGCUGUAUCAAGACAGUCCAGGUACAUUGAGCUAUGCGGAGAUCAAAAAGCCGUGAGCCUUCUUCAGCACAGCAUCCGAGCAGUUCAGAUAGACUGUUGUUUUCGAUUUGCAAACACCAAAUGGGGUCAUAUUGAUAACGCUUCUUCCGGUGUCAUCUUUAUAGACCUCACUAUUCAGCAACCAGAGGACUGCACAUUGACCAAUGCCUUGACAACGAUUACUCUGACGCCGGCCGACUCGAAGACUUCCAAAGCUGAAUCUGAAGCUCAAAAGAAAAACGAAACUACAAAGGGUGAUCCUAUUUCACGGCCCGUACCAUCCUCUUCGAGUCUCGAGAUCACUGAAUUUUAUGGUCCCAAGGCGAUCUACGGAAAACCUCGCGAGGCUUCAUACUCCACGAAGUACCGUUUUCAGCCAGAUAUCAGUGCUCCGUUUGUUACAAUUGGUGGAGUUGGCGCUGAAUAUACCAAAGAAUCGACAGAUACCAGACGCUGGAAGUUUGUGGGGUGGAGACGUGGAGUCGUCUGUGAAGACGACUUGACAUUUCGAACAAGAGGACGAAACAAGGAGAAUUCGAGGUCAACAGACGACACCAAGGUAGAGAAAACCAGGUCCACUCACCCCGCUGCAAAGUAUCGACAAAUUUUCUGGAGAUUGGAGGAGAAUCAAGACGAGACUCAGGUCUCUAGAAGCCCGACUUUGCAUACGGCCUUUGCAUUUGAGCAUGGAAACAAGCCGUUCUUCCUUGACGUGGAGUUUGAAGGAAAACUGAGGCACCGACACCACCGUGCGCUUGAACGAUUAGUCUUCCCCCCUAAGAAGAAAAAGGCAAACGCUAGAGCUAAGAUUGAUGCUGAAAAGCUGUCACGUGGAUUCAAUGAGGAUUUGAAAAGUAUCGCCUUGGGCUUGGAUGACACCAUGGUCGAAACGAAUAAUAGAAGCCAAGGAAAAGGACGCGACAAAAUCACAACCUCAAAUGUCUCACACAGCCGCCAGAAGCCCAUCCACAACAGAAAGCCACGGUCAAACGAGCAGGAACGAUAUAUUAGCCAUAAGUCGUCAGCUCUUAAAUCUGGAAGAAGUCAAAGCGGAAGAGACCAAGGUCGAGACGCCGUUAUCCAACGGAUCCAUAACAACGACGAAGACGACACCAAAGCCAGAACAAACAUCAACGGAAUCUAUCACCAAAAAGAAUGA